CCUCUCCCAAAACCAGCAGCAGAGAGCUCGUGUAGUUGGAUACAAAACUCUGGGACCUCGUCUUCCCCAGUCUCACUUUCUCUCCAACACUCCAACCAGUCUUGCUCAUACCCAAUUACAACCCACAAUCAAAUUCAAUCUCUACCUCCAUCUCAAUCGCUGAUUAACUUUCUUUGUUUCAAACCGUACCUGGUGUUCUAGUGGCUGAGACGCUCACUUUUCGACCACCGGCUAGGAUUUUACUAACAAAACCUCUCCAAAAUCCAAGAAUAAGGGUGUUUAAAUUAAAACGGUAUACACGUAUUUACAUAUUCUCUAAGAACGCAAUUCAUGAACAUGUGGCGCAGAAAGUGUGGUGGGUGUGACGUUAUUGGGAGGCCGAUGGAGCUUAUUCUGUUGAUUAUCAUCCUCCAUCAAACGGCGGUGAGAGUUCGGGGUGAGGAUGUGAGCAGCAAAACGACGACUCCGGUGUACGGGACCUUGAACGGGACGUUCAACGGGAAACCAUGCAGCCCGAGCAGUUUGGACGAGUGCUGGUCAAAACUUCCAUCCAUGAAGGAACCCAACAUUCCUACAACAUCCAAAGAGGUCGAAAUUGCUUGCACAUCUUUUCAAAUCGGGAUGGACUGUGUAGACAACUAUUCAAAGCAGUGUUUAAACCUGAAGCAGCGUCAGCAGGUAAAGUCGACGGUUCGUGGGGCGCAUGAGACUUUCUCCUUCCUCUGCAAGGACGAGAAAUUUAGGGCCGAAUUCCUGUCUCACGCAGUGUGUUACAGAAAGAUUAGCGGAAAGUGGGAUAACUGUGCGGCCCACUUUAUCGCGUCUCUGAAAAAGGUGGAUCAAAAGGAGCCUCUCUCUAUCUGCUGCGUUCGUCUGAGAUUCCUUCAGUGCGUGACUGAGCUGGCGAGAUUGCAUUGCAAUCGGGACGCGGAACGAUUCCUUCAGAAAAUGGCUGAAACGUUGGUGACGUCGAAUAUGAAGAACAAGAACUCGUCCGAAUGUUUUCAUGUGAAAAGUGCCAAUUGCAGCCUGGCAAGUGGAGCUUGUUCCUCAAUAAAGUUGUCACUCCUACAACAACCGUCCAACCUCAUCAUCAAUUUAUUCGUCAACGUGUUCCCAUCCUCAACAGCAGCCGGAGUCGGCGGCACUGUGCGCAGCCUUGUGUCACAUUUGCUAAAAUUAUUCUCGCUCGAAAACAUGGGUGACUGGAUGAGCUUAGGAGUACUUUCACUGGGAGAGUGGAUGAAGUGGUGUUGCGGCGGCGGGUGGGUAUUUCUGGAUUAGCACAGCAGUCGCAGUCUCACCAGGGUCACGAUUGAGUAUGCUCCUUCCUUCUCGGAAGAUAAAUCCAAUUUCAUCAUCAUUUAAGAGAUUAGUAGCGGCAGAAAAAAAGGUGUAACUCUAAAGAGCAGGAACCAGGUUGUAAUCUGAAUCUAAAUGUAAUCUGAAUCUGAGUGUAAUCUUGAUAAGAAUUGGCAAGGACAUAAAAUCGAGGAAAGAAAAAAAUCUUGUGAAUGGCGAGCAGCUCACCAGCACACUUUUAAAGCAGAACUGUAGAUAUAUCGUAAAAAUGUUAUAGUCUCACAAUCGUCAUCGUCACAUAAAAUUCUAAUGUUGCGAAAUGGUGCUACAAAUUUUGUAUGAAAGAUAUGAGAAUAUAUUUACAACGUAUUACAUGGUGCUCUAGAUAUACAAUUGUACAACGUAAAUACAUAUAUAUCUAGCAUGGAACAAGUGUCCAGUAAUAAGUUACAAAUUUGCUGUGCAUAAGUUACAAAUUUUAAAUCAUGUAAAAUGUACAUAUUUGUACGACAAAAGUUUGCAAAAUUAGGAGGUAAUUAUUAAUAUCAGAUUUCAAGAGGUAUAUUUACUUGUUCCAGAAUUUGAGUAAAUAAAUGGUUUUCUCUCUACGUGAAAUGAAAGUCAAGGAUAUGCACUGAAAUGAAUACACGAUAAAAUUGUUUACACAGCAAUCUCUCCAAGUUUAGCAUAUGAAGGUACUUAAGAUAUGCAAUUUAUAUCCCGCCUGAGA